UGCCUCUUGGACCCAAUUUUAUUAAAAUUUCAUACUGAAAAUGUGCCUAGUUCAAUUAAGCAAAACAUUGAGGAAGUAGUCUCCUCUCAUGUUUUAACAGUAAACUAACAAGAGAUCCUUACUCAAAUGCAAUUGAUAAUGUGUAAAAGAUAAUGUGACAUCACCAUGACACUACAAUAUUAAACUAUCAAAUUACUUUUAUCUAAUCUUUGGCUUAAUUGAAUUAUCCAAAUUUUCUGUGAAGAUUAUCUCUUAAUCCUUUUUAAUCUUUCUAUUAUAUAUCAUGUCUAAGCAGCAAUGUACUGAGCCUGAUCCAAAUUUGUUUGCUACACCACCAUACUGUAAGAAAACAGGAAAGUCUUUAGAAGAAAAUGAUGAGAUUGGAGAAAUGCUCCCAGAUAUUCCAAAUGAAGUUUCAAUUUCAAAGCUAGAAGUGUCUAAUCCUGGGAAAGUUUUGAAAUUGAUUGAGACUCUUAAUGAUGGCUCGACUAAGAAGUUAGAGGCAAAGCUCAAUAAAUAUUUAAAAAAUGAAUGUGAAGCAAAAUUCGUCUUCCUUAUUAACCUUCAUAGCAUAUCAGAAGAAGCUGUGGUUCAAGUAAUACAAGAAAGAAUUCUUCUUGAAAGUGCUAAAGUUCUUUUAUCAGAAGAGGCUCUAAAAUCUAUCUUAGAUUUUCAAACAAAUUCUAAAGCAAAUGACACCUUAGAUGAAAAGCUACAAGAGUUAAUCAAAGAUAUUGUACCUGAAGGGAUGGGUGAAUUGAAUAUUGUACCUGUAAUAACUACUGAAUAUAAGGAGUCUCAGCCAGUAUUCCUAGUCUGCCUGGUAAAUGCUCUUAAAGACCCAGAAUAUAUAUCGAAAUUUGUGUGCGAAAGUUUCAGAUAUUGUUUACCAUUAUUUUUGAAUACUAGGAAAAGUGAAGAGGAAAGACGACUUAAAGCCGAAUGUCAGAAACUGUUACUCGUGGCAAGGAAACUAUUUUCCCAUCUUGGUGAUUUAAGUGACUUACUUAAAGAAAUCAUGUCAGAGGCCAGAAGACUCACAAAUGCAGAGCGUUGUUCUUUAUUUUUAUUAGACCCUGACCAUAUGCAUCUAGUAGCUAAAGUUUUUGACGGAGUGAGUCCCGCGGAAAAAAGAACUGAAGUUAGAAUAGCUGCUGACCAAGGAAUUGCUGGACAUGUAGCUGCAACUGGAGAAAUACUUAACAUAAAAGACGCGUACAAGCAUCCACUUUUUUACAAAGGCAUGGAUGAAACUACAGGUUUUAAAACUCGAAAUAUACUCUGCUUUCCUAUUAGGGAUGAAGAUAAUAUAGUAGGAGUCGCCCAACUUUGUAAUAAAAUGGGCGGUCAUUUUGACUAUUUCGAUGAACAAGUAGCAAAUGCUUUUAGUAUCUAUUGUGGUAUAUCGAUUAUGCAUAGCCUAGUCUAUAAGAAAAUUCAAGAUGCGCAGGCGAGAAGUCGCCUUUCUAACGAGCUAAUGAUGUAUCAUAUGAAAGUCAGCAACCAAGAUGUUCUAGAUGUAACAAUGUGCCCUGGUGAACAUGAAAUUCCAGGUUUCUCAAAAUUCAGUUUUACACCUCGCAAAGUCCUUUUAAAAGAAUCUCCUUGCUUUGUGUUAAAAAUAAUGCAAGACUUGGGCUUCAUUGAAACAUUUCGAAUCAAAAGAGAUACCUUGGUUCGAUUUAUUUUGUACGUAAGGAGAGGAUACAGGGACGUGCCCUAUCAUAACUGGUCUCAUGCUUUUGCUGUCGCGCAUUUCGCUUAUUUGGCAAUCAAGAAUUUUCAACUAACUGAAAAAGGUUUCUUCACCAAAUUGGAAGCUCUAGCAUACUUUAUAUCAUGUCUUUGCCAUGAUAUUGACCACAGAGGUACCACAAAUUCUUUCCAGCAACAGUCUAACAGCGUGUUAGCUAGUCUUUAUUCGAGUGAAGGGUCAGUAAUGGAACGACAUCAUUUGUCGCAAGCUAUUUGUACCCUUAAUACGGAGGGAUGUAAUUUCCUGGAAUCUUUAUCAAAAGAGGACUACGUAAAAUGCUUAGACUUAAUAAAGGACAUGAUUUUGGCUACAGAUCUGGCAACACAUUAUAAAAUCCAUUCUAGGCAGCUUACCAUGGCACAGGAGGGUUACAACAAAACCAUUCCCGAGCACCGAUAUUAUUUGGCAUGUCUCUUAAUGACCUGCGCGGAUCUCUCAGAUCAAACAAAAGAUUGGAAUGAAACAAAAAAAGUGGCUCAACUUAUUUACGCAGAGUUUUUCGCGCAAGGCGACUUGGAAAAGAAGAUGGGUAAAGAGCCCGCAAAUAUGAUGAACCGAGAUAAGGCUUCUAUACCAGAUCAUCAAUUGGAGUUUUUAAGCGAAUGCUGCAUUUGUAUUUUUAAGAUCUUGGCUACGAUUUUUCCAAAUGCUAAAUUAUUAGUAGAUGCCAUAAAGCAAAAUAUUCUUUGCUGGGAAGCAUCAAAACGGAUAUUUGGCAAACUGCGUCUUGAAGGUAAAACUUCUUACGAAGUCCUAAUAAGUCAAGAGCUAGAAGCCGAAGUGCAGCAAACUUUAGUAAGUUUAUCAUAGAAUGCUAAUAUAAUUAAUAUAAAUAAUAUCAAAAAAUAAAAUUAAAAGACGUUUUAUGCAAUAAUAAGCCAAUGUAUUUUAGAUAUUGUACUUUUAUUUUAAUUUUAAAAUAAACAUUGUAAUAAAAUUCUUAUCGCCAAAGUUAUAAAAAAUAAAAAUGAUUAAAACAUGAA